AAUUUUCUUCCACAGUCUGAUCUAAUCAAAGACUGUCCAGGUAUGCAGGUUUACUUAAAGAAACAGACCCUACAGCUGCAGUCGGAACUGGUAAACACUAUGCGUCAAAAACAGGAACUCCAGGAAAAAUUGGUGGUGUCAGAAGCUACUGUGAACGCCCAGACGGACCAACUAGAGCAAUACAGGCUGCUUUUCAAUGACCCCCUAAUAGAACAGGAUAACAAACAUGUGCAAGUUGAUCUUCAAGACCUUGGCUAUGAGACCUGCGGUAGGAGUGAAUAUGAAGUUGAUAGGGAAGAAACCACCAGUCCAGAAUAUGAAGAGCAGGAUGGCAUAUUCAGUGAAACUAGUCUCAUGGAAGAGUUGACAUCUUCACAUAAAGGCUUGCCAGCCUUGGUUGCUAGUUCACCCAUGAACAUCAGCAGUUUUUUGCAGAAUGAUUGGACAGCUGAUUGGGAAAAAUCAGAAGAUGUAAUAGUUCUCCAGCAGCAUGUGAAAGACCUCAAAUCACAGUUGCAGAAAUCACAAAAGUUUAUCAGAAACCUUCAAUGUCAAGCUUGUUCAUUCUUGGGUUCUUGCAACUGUGCUGCCACUCAAUUCCACCUGAAACACAGUGGUUCAUUCCAUGGUUCUACAUCGCAUAACAUCACUGAUGAAGAUGAUGGUUGGCAGUCAGAUACAAUGGGGGCUUACUCUAUAAAAGACUUGGAGCAGCUUGUAAAACGGGUGUCCAUGUUGGAAGCUCAGCUUUAUCAAUCAAAAAGAGAUGGAGGAGUUCAGGGGCAGAUCAAAUCCGCUAAUUGGCCUGGGAAAUAUGACUCGUUAAUUCAGGCUCAAGCCAGAGAGCUUUCCUUGCUGCGCCAAAAGCUGAAAGAAGGUCGGAGUGUUGGACACAUUCUCUGUCAGCAUCUUGGUGACACUGUCAAAUCAUUUGAAGAGCUUCUUCGUGCUAAUGACAUAGAUUAUUACAUGGGGCAAAGUUUCAGGGAGCAGCUAGCUCAAGGGAGCCAGUUAGCUGACCGACUGAACAGCAAGCUAAAUAGUAAAGAGCAUGUGGAAGCUGAUGAUAAAUCUAGACACGAAUUGCUGGCAAUCAGACUGAGUGAGGAGCUUCAGCAAAAGAAUAAAAUAAUAGAAUCUCUGCAGUCUAAGCUUGAAGAUCGAUCUGUGACUCCAUCUAGCAGCCGUGCUAUAUCUGAGUCAGAUCAAUCAGAAAGAACAUCUUUUGUGUCAGAUGACCAAAUUUUCACUAAUGAGGACAUGGAAGCAUAUUCAGAGGUGGUCACAGCUAGUGACUGUAACCAGUAUGUAUGUGGCAGCAUCCAAACCACAGAUGCCAUUCAGGACGAUAAUGUGGUACCUCCCUCAUCAAAAUCACAGCACCAUAUCAACACACCACAAGUCUAUCCUGUGGACACUGACAAAUCUCUGCAAGGGCAUUGUUUUAACCAUAUACCCAGCACUGUUAAUGACCUACCUACAAAUGACUCUAAUACUCAGUUCAAGCCGCCUGGUGCUCAUCCUCCUGUCCAUGGCCCAGCAGUUUUCUCUCUGGCAGAUGUACAGCAAGAGCUCCACACUUUACAGAAACAGCUGACAGAACAUAUGCCUCUCACUCCAGCACCAUGUGUUUCAAGCAGUUACUUUGACGCAAAUACUUCUUCCACGUUUCCUCAUUUUCCACACACGUUGCACAGGUCAUCCCAAACUACAGAGCUGCAAGCUUCCUCUUACUGCAGCGGUGGACUGUGGGAUGUGUCAGGCUUGGUUAGAUCUAUGCAUACAAAUAUCAAUGGAGAUGCUUCCUCUGGAUCAUCUGGUUAUCAGUCUGCUAGCAAACUCCCAGGCUCAGAUCUGCUUAAGGAACAUCUAAUUGAAAUCCGAAACCUUCAUCAGCACCUGGAAAAAUCCAUUUACAAUAAUGAUCUCCUGAGGGAACAGCUGAAAGAAAGACUUACUGCUAUGAAAAGAGGCAAUGGUUCUCCCAUUAAUAUGUCUAUUCAAGGUUUCGACUCACUACCUCAACUCUUAAAUGAAAACAGAACUCUGACGGAAGAGAACCUUCAUCUGCAAAUUCGAAUUAACCAUAUCACUCAAGGUUAUGAUGUGGAACUGAAAAAAAUGCAGGAUCAAGUAAGUAUCUCAAGGUCACAGUUGAAGGAUUUGGAAACAGAAUUGGAGCAGUGGAAAUUUGAGGUGCUACAACUUAAGAAAGAACGACUCUUGGACCAGGAGACUAACAACAGAUUACAGCACCAAACAACUUUAUUACAACAGCAAUUUAAUGAGAAUUAUCAACUUAUCAACACUUUGCAUUCUGAACUACAGUUGUACGAACGGCUUUAUGGUUUAUCCAAAUCAAUGCUGUCAGACACGCGUUCCAAUCAAUCUUCUAUGAAGUAUAAUGCACAACACUUGGAAGAGAAUGUUACUGAUGUAUCGUUUGUAAACAAAAAUGGAUGCCAUGUAAUCGGGCAUUUUGAUGACUUCAAUGCUUUGAAGCAGCAGAUACUGGAGGGGAAAAUGUUAAUGAAGAACAUUAAAACGCUCAUACAAUCUUCCCUUAAUAUACCAUUUCUGGAAAUUCAUGGAACUAAGGCCCUAGAUUAUGAAAGCAUCAAGAAACUUUUUUCUGCAACAAACACUUUGCAACAGAUUUUAGAGGAGUCCAGUUCACUGAUUGGCAUGUUUUGGAGGGCAGCUCUGCCUAGUAUGCAAAGCAUUGUUGAACAAAAGAAAGAGGAGAAGCUAAUGCAAGAUGAGAUUUACCAGCUAAAAGCCAAGCUGAGGGAACAGGAAAAAAAGCUUCAGGAAGCGAAAAGCCAUCUGAAAACCACAAACUGUGCCAAAGAAAGCAUGGAGCACUUCAUCAUUAGCCACCUUACAAGAACAAAUGAUGUGCUGAAGAGAGCAAGGUCAAAUCUACAGAUCAAGUCCCACAAGAGUCUUCAAAGAUCUACAACAAAAUAACAUUGACCUUCCAGGAACUCUCGCAAAAGAAUACGUUAAUGAAAUCAAUAAAAAGGCAAGAGGAGUGGAAAUGCAACAGAUUGUUAUUGAAACAUAAAAGACAUUGAAGACUAUAUGUUAAAAACUGGCUAUAGUUGUGCAUUCAGCAAUUUGUACGAAACGAUGAAAACGAGACCCUCCACGAAGCGGAUGAAAAUGAAGCAAAAAGCUAAGCAUUUCACAGGGCCUUUCACUCUCACACUCUCUUAAUGUUUUUCUGCCAACCAUUUCUGCUUCUGCUGGCCACUUAUGCAUCUUCUUGUUCUUUAUCUUCUCUCUUCUACCUUCUUUUAUCUUUGUUGACAAAAUUGUGAUGCUUUCUUUGACGUCCUCUCCCUCAAUCUUCCAGUCCGCGUAGAGGACGUCACUAAAAGCGCUGUGCUUUGUGUGGAAGUUCAUGUUACGGCAAAAUUGAUGAUCGCGCCAGUUUAUGUCUGCAGAGAUUCGAAUAAAGAUAGAAGAGAGAUUAUAAAAGAUAAAGGAGAGAAGAUGAAAGACAAACGGUAGAAGAAUGAUGAUUACGAACAAGAAGAUGCAGAAGUAGUCAGUAGAGGAGGUAGGAAAAGAGAGAUUGAGAAUGUGAGAAUGUGAGAGAGUGAGUGAAUGCGGCCAACAGACAAAUGCCUUAUGUUGGGAGAUUUAGAUGUAAUAAAAGGUUGUUAUCACUAA